AUGAGGUGGACGGUGCGAGGUGCCGGGAGCCAAUGCCUGGAUUUGCCGGCAACGGCUUUGAGCGAGGCACGACGGCCGGUACAACGCACCGAAGAUAUACUGACUAAUAACAAAACCGCGAUCGGUAGUUCAUCGUGGCUCAUCGAAAAGCACUUGGAGCCGAGUGAACAAAGGCAUAACCAGUUACUGAUCAUCACAUUCUAA